ACGGUCUUCACCCCAGUGAUGUCCAGGUUGCGCCGUUUCAGUUCCGAUUUGAGGUCAAUUACCCGCAAGUCGGUGAUCUUCUUGCUCUCGGUCGGGUGCAACGCCACCGACGCCAGAGCAGCAGGUGCCGCGGGAGCCCCCGCAGCGGCGGGAGACGAGGCGGCGGCGGCCAUUUUAGAGCGACUGAGCGCGGCAGCUGCACGCACAAUGAAACUCCCCCCCGCCCGGCCGGGCCGAGGAGUACCCGGAUGGAGGCCGCGGCGGACCUGGAGGCGCAGCGCAGGCGCGCUGCGACUCACCUGAAGCCGAGACCUCCCCGCGAGAGGCCUUUCUUUAAACUUUCCAUGUCUAAAUGGACUCCUGAAUGUAAUAUACUUUAUACUUUAAAAGCGGAUAUGAAGAGUGAAGUUCCUUCUGAUGCACCAAAGAGACAGGAGAGUCUGAAGGGGAUCCUCUUGAAUCCUGAGCCUACUGGGGCAGCCAAAAGCUUCCCUCAAGAAGUUGAGAUGAUUGCCAGUAAAGUAGGGAAUGAGUUCUCUCACUUAUGUGGCGAUUCUCAAAAGCAAAAGGACAUGAAUGGCAACCGUACAGACCAAGACAAAAGUGUUGUGGUGCGAAAAAAACGCAAGAGCCAGCAGGCUGGUCCUUCGUAUACUCAAAAUUGUCCUGAGAAGGAAAACCAGGAAAUCAUAGGAUUAAGACGACAUCUAGAAACACAGAGUGAAGACAAUGAUUCUUCUUUCAGUGACUGUAUCUCUUCACCUUCAUCUAGCCUACAUUUUGGAGACUCUGACACAGUAACAUCUGACGAAGAAAAAGAUGCUCUUGUGAGACACCCUCAGGCAGUAUUGAAUACUACGAGUAGAACUCACAGUGCAAGGUCACAGAAGUGGCCUCGAACUGAGGCAGACUCUGUACCUGGGCUUUUAAUGAAAAGGCCAUGUUUCCAUAACAAUUCCUUAAGAAGACUUCCGUAUAGGAAGAGAUUUGUGAAAACAAGUUCAUCACAGAGGACACAGAACCAAAAAGAGCGAAUUUUAAUGCAGAGGAAAAAGCGGGAAGUGUUAGCUCGAAGAAAGUACGCUUUACUGCCCAGCUCUAGCAGUUCUAGUGAAAAUGACAUUACUAGUGAUUCUUCUUCCAGUUCAUCUACUGAAGGGGAGGAAGACUUAUUUGUGUCGCCUGGUGAAAACCACCAGAACAGUACAGCUGUUCCUUCAGGAAGUAUUGAUGAAGAUGUUGUGGUGAUUGAAGCAUCCUCCACUCCCCAGGUUACUGCUAAUGAAGAAAUAAAUGUUACCUCAACUGAUAGUGAAGUGGAGAUUGUCACAGUUGGUGAAAGCUACAGGUCUCGUUCAACGCUUGGACAUGCAAGAUCACACUGGGGACAAAGCUCCGGUUCUCAUGCUGCACGACCUCAAGAACAGCGGAACCGCAAUAGGAUUUCCACAGUCAUACAGCCACUGAGACAGAAUGCAGCAGAAGUAGUGGAUCUUACAGUGGAUGAAGAUGAGCCAACAGUUGUGCCAACCACACCAGCUAGAGUGGAGCCACAGGUCACGAGUUCUUCUACCAGUAACAGUUCUAGUAGGUCUGCGUCGGAGCAGACCUCUGAUUCAUCUCAGCAGACCUCUGAUUCAUCUCCAGACGUCUCCAACAUCCAGCCCUCUGCAACACCAGAGACGAGUGCUAGUCUUCCCAGUGGCGGCACUGCUGGGAGUUCACCUGGAGAUGAUAUCAGAAGAGCUACAUCUAAUGCAACACUGGAAACUGGCCCUCCAGCCAUGCCAAGGUUACCAUCAUGCUGCCCGCAGCAUUCUCCUUGUGGAGGACCUUCACAGACUCAUCAUGCGUUGGGGCACCCACAUACAAGCUGCUUUCAGCAGCAUGGCCACCACUUUCAGCAUCACCACCACCACCACCCUCAUCCAGCUGUUCCACUAUCUCCUUCAUUCAGUGACUCCAACUGCCCUGUUGAAAGGCCACCUCCAGUGCCUGCACCUUGUGGACCGAGCAGCAGUUCUGGCACCAGUUACCAUGACCAGGCAUUGCCAGUAGACUUAAGCAGCAGUGCUAUAAGAAGUCAUGGAAGUGGUGCUUUUCAUGGAACAUCUGCUUUUGACCCCUGCUGUCCUGGUUCAUCUUCUCGAACUGCAAUUUAUGGGCACCAGGCUAGUGCUGGCCCAAGCCAAUCAAUAACAAUAGAUGGAUAUGGAUCAAGUAUGGUUGCGCAGCCACAGCCUCAACCUCCUCCUCAGGCAUCGCUCUCUUCCUGUCGGCAUUAUAUGCAUUCUCCUUAUGCUUCUUUGACCAGGCCUCUUCACCAUCAAGCUUCUACAUGUCCUCAUGCUCAUGGAAAUCCUCCACCACAGCCACAACCUCCACCUCAAGUAGAUUAUGUUAUCCCUCAUCCAGUGCAUCCUUUCCAUCCUUCAAUCUCUUCUCAUGCAUCUUCUCAUCCUGUUCCACCUCCACCACCAACUCAUCCUUUAGCCAGUGCAGCUGCUCCAAUACCACAGCAUCUUCCUGCAACACACCAGCCUAUAUCCCAUCACAUCCCUGCAACAGCACCUCCAGCACAGAGGCUACAUCCUCAUGAAGUGAUCCAGAGGAUGGAGGUCCAGAGAAGAAGAAUGAUGCAACACCCAACACGUGCUCAUGAGCGGCCUCCUCCACAUCCUCACAGAAUGCAUCCCAAUUAUGGUCAUGGACAUCACAUUCAUGUGCCUCAGACAAUGUCUUCCCAUCCUCGACAAGCUCCAGAGAGAUCUGCCUGGGAACUGGGAAUUGAAGCUGGUGUGACUGCAGCUACUUACCCUUCAGGACCCUUGCAUCCUCACUUGGCCCACUACCAUGCACCUCCUCGGCUUCAUCACUUGCAGAUAGGGGCUCUUCCUCUAAUGGUACCAGACAUGGCGGGCUACCCUCACAUCCGUUACAUUUCAUCGGGAUUGGAUGGAACAUCAUUCAGAGGCCCUUUCAGGGGCAAUUUUGAGGAGCUGAUUCACUUGGAGGAACGAUUAGGCAAUGUUAAUCGUGGAGCAACACAGGGAACUAUAGAAAGAUGCACAUAUCCACAUAAAUACAAAAAGGUAACAACUGAUUGGUUCUCACAGAGGAAACUGCACUGCAAGCAAGAUGGGGACGAAGGAACAGAAGAAGACACUGAGGAAAAAUGUACCAUCUGUUUGUCUAUAUUGGAGGAAGGUGAAGAUGUCAGGCGCCUGCCAUGUAUGCACCUUUUCCACCAAGUAUGUGUGGACCAGUGGUUGAUUACUAAUAAGAAGUGCCCCAUUUGCAGAGUGGACAUUGAGGCUCAACUGCCUAGUGAAAGUUGACGCCGCUUUCCAGAACUCUUGUCCUCCCUCUCCCUCCCUUAUCCUUACUGGUACUGCAGUCAACCAAAGAGAAGACAGUUGAGUUUCAGUGUAUUUAUAAAACAUUUUUUAGAUUUUACAUUUGUUUUCUUUUCAUUACUGUAUGUUUGCAUGGUUUCUUGUAUUGCAUUUGUUUGCACAUAUUAUGGGCUUUGUGACCCCAAACUUGCAGGCAAGAUUAGCUGCUUUAGGAAGUAGAAUUGUGUGGUCUCUUUUGUUUUUUGUUUUUUGUUUGUUUUUUGUUUUUUUUACAUAGUAUCAACCUUUGAAAGUAUAAUUUCACUCAUUACUAACCUUGGAUUCCUUAAUUUAAUCGGUCAUAUAUUUAGUUUAAAUGUAUAAAGGUCAUCCAGAAAAUGAUAAUAUUAUGUAUUGAGACAUUCCUUAAUGAGGAAGAAAUGGCUGCUGUAUAUUUACAAUAUCAGUUCUGAGUCAAAUAACAUCCUUAAUACUGGGAACAGAAUAUGAACUAUAUUCAGUUUGACUGAUACAUAUAGCAUACUCAUCACCAGUUUUUGAUCAGAUUUUUGUGUUUUUGAAAUUUCAGCACAAUGCAGAUAUAUUUGAAUGUCAAUAUUAAACAUUUAGACUGCUGUUCAGAUUGUAUUUAUCAUCUUCUUCUUGUGUCUAGAAAUUUGAAUCCCUAACUUAAAUAUUUGCUGCUGUGAAACAGCUCUAGUGAACACUAAAUGUUGAUUUCAGUUAGCUGGAUUGUAGAUACUUGCAGAUUGAAAGAAUUCUUAGGGAAGUGGAAAAAGCUUAGAAACUGGUCUUCUGCUAACUUAAGUUGAAGUAUCUCAGCACACUGAGGUUUUGAGGUUUUUUUUAAUAUGAAACCAUUCAUUGAGGACUUAGAGCUGCAGGGGUUUUGUUUUUUGUUGUUUUGGUGGUUUUAAUUUUGGGUUUUGUUUGUGGGGGAGGCAGAUGUACAUGCAUUCAUAGAACUUCUGAGGGUUCCAGGUGUGUCUUGGGAUUUCGAUUAGUUUAAUAAAAGUUAGAUAAAUCCACUUGCCUCUUGUUUUAUUUUUUCAUUAGUAAAUUGAAAGCCUGUAAAUUUCUGUAGAAACUGAGACACAAAUAGUGUGGUUACCUAGUUUUUGCCUUGAUCAUAGAUUCCCUCUAUAAAUUACCAACAGUCCAUCACUGAUUGAAAUAUUUUCUAUAGUUAAGAUCUGCUGCAUAAUAUAGUAUAUAGAAUUAAGUUAUAAUGUGCUAACAUUUCGCCUUUGGAGUUGGUUUUAAAUCCACAUCAGGAUUCAUGUUGCUUAUCAACAUUCUUUCACAUAUAAUAGAUUAUAGUUUAUUUAAAUGUGCUCAAUGUUGCAAAAUGCAAAUAUGUAAAACCAUUGAGACAGUAUUACUGUCACUUUGGAAAAGAUGUUCCUCGGGGAUCAUAUAUGAACAUGUCCAUAAGCUUGCAUUAAGCCACCUGCUUUGUAAGUGGAUUGAAUAAUAAAUACCUUCAGUUUCUCUUGUCGUUGUCUUUCAUACCCAGAUCAAGUGUAAAAUGGUUUACAGUAAACCUAGAAGAUGAACUGUUAUGUUUACACUAACUAAUCCAUUUAUAAAUAUUACCUUAUCUAAUUUGAUGCCUGUUUUUGUCUGGUUAAAGCUGCUUCUGUUUCAUUUUAGGGUUUUUUUUCCAUCUGUUAGGAGUAGCAUUUGCCAGUUCAGUGUCAAUUGCUGGCAAUAGGCUUAACGUCUCAGGCACUGAGGCUUUAAGUGGAGAGAAAUUUUAUUCCAGCAUGUGUGAUAAAUGGACAUUUUUAAACUUUAUUGCUAAAACUGAACUUAAAACCACUGUGUGCUUGUACAAUGGGGGAUAUGGGAGAGAGGCAACACAUGAUUUGACUGCUUCAAAACCUGACAUGGUUUUAUGCUAAAGGUUCUUAAACUUUAUGGGUGUAGGAAACUGAAAGUGAGUAUAAAGUUGAAGCUGCAUUGGUAAAAAUAAUAAAAGUAACUGGAAGGACUGAACAGACUUCUGUUCUUUAGUGAGUGUUGUAAAGGAGAGAAGUUGACCACUGAUGCUUUAAAUCUGAUGAUACUCACUUUUAAAGUUUCCAAUAAGGUACUUCAGAGACAUAGGACAAAAAAAAAAGCAGGGGCUGGGGAGCUGCUCUGAAAUAAUUGAGACUCCUGGUUACGUGGUAAAGUCUAUUUUGGCUUCCUUACAGGACAAAGAAGCACAGGUUGGGGGAUAAUUAUUAUUUAAUAUUUUUUUUAGGAAGUAUUUUAUGCACCUGCUCUGGGUGCCAGGUACUAGAGGUAUUUUAGUGGUCCAUGAAUUGAUUUAUAAACUGCUACUGAUACUGUCUUGCUUUUAAAUGUAUGCAUAACAUUGUAAUGUGAUGUUGAACAUUUAGGUAUUUGUCAGGAAUCACAGUGUUCUGAUCUUACAUGCUAUUGCAGGAGCUAAUAAAGAUGCAGCCUACUUCUAUUCCAGAAAGUUGUGAUUUAACCAUAAUUUAAGGGAAGGAAAAAGGAUAGGCUUUUGCUUUUGAGAAUUUCCACCACUUACUGUGCUUUAUAUGCUUAGAUGCAUUGCCUUAAGUUUUCUGCAGCAUCUUUGACUUCUCAACAGUAUGCAUCAAAUUACUUUUCAUACAAAAUUCCAUUGUCAAAAGAAAUCCUUUUGUAUGCAAUAAAUAAAACGUUAGACUGGUAUAAU